AUGUCGUCGUCGUCGCCAGCUAUGCCUGACUGCUGGGGCCAUCGCGGUGCCUCGGCGGAAUUUCCUGAAAACACGCUGCGUUCGUUCGCGCAGGCGAUCCAGGAUGGCUCGGAGGGCAUCGAGAGCGACGUGCACAUCACGGCCGACGACGUGAUUGUCAUGUUCCAUGACACGACGCUGGACCGCACGACGGAUGGACAUGGCCCCAUCGGCGCGUACAAGUACUAUGGUGAGGGCGGUCUCGAGCAUGUGCGCACGACGCAGGAGCCCGUGCAGCAGAUUCCGACGUUUGAGCAGCUGUGCGCGCUGCUGAUGGAGCCGGGCCAUCGGCACGUCAAGCUGAAUGUCGACAUCAAGCCGAACAACGACGCGGACCGCCUCUUCCGCAUCAUGCGCGAGGUCGUGCAAAAGUUCCCUGACUACGAGACGCAGCUCGCGCCGCGUCUCAUCCUGGGUCUGUGGCACCCGAGCUUCAUUGCGCCGGCGAAAAAGUAUGUGCCGGCCCUGCGCCGCGCGCACAUUGGCGCCUCGCCUGCCGAUGCGCGCCGCUACUUCUGGCAGGACUGCGACGCCUUUUCGCUCUGCUUCCCCUCGCUGGUCGGCGCGGACGGCCAGCGGUUCUUGCGCGACGCGCGUGCCGCGAACAAGGACGUGAUGGUGUGGACGGUCAACCGGCAGGACGAGAUGGUCGAGGCGACGCGGUGGGGCGUCAAGGCCAUCCUGACCGACUACACGGCCGACCUGCGCCAGCUGCGUGAGGCCAUGUCGGCCGACUUUGACGCCACGUACCGAAAGUACGUGAGCCCAUGGUUCAGCUGGGGCUCGUUGCGGUACUACACGCCGUCGGUGUGGAUGUACCAGUACCUCUGCCGCGCCGAGGUAGAAAAGAAUGCGGGCGCCACGUACGGAUCCGCCGUGACGUCACCGUAG